UAGGCAACUUCAUCCGACAAGGAAAGAGACCUCCACGUCCAUCGGAAUCGUCAAAUAUGGUCAAAGCAGAGCUCGUGUUCGUUCCGUCGCCGGGCUUCGGCCAUCUGGUAUCGACGGUGGAGAUGGCGAAGCUCCUCAUCGACCGAGACCCCCACGUGUCCAUCACCCUCCUGAUCAUGAAGCCGCCGUACGUGUCGCAUUCCGGCAUUGACGACCGGACUCGAUCGCUCGCCAACUCCAUGGCCGCCCGCUUCCGGUUCGUCCAUCUUCCCGACGUGGGCCCUAUCUCGGAGACCAACCCCAGCAAAACCCGAGAUCUGUACGUCGAGAGCUACAAGCCUCACGUUAGAGAAGCUAUCGCGCGGCUCACCGAGCCCGGCUCGGGCCAGGACUCGCCUCGGCUCGCGGGGCUCGUGGUCGACAUGUUCUGCACGACCAUGAUUGACGUGGCGAACGAGCUCCGGGUCCCCUCGUACGUGUUCUUCACGUCGAGCGCGGCCUUUCUGGGGCUGAUGUUCCAUCUCCAGAGGCAGCGGGAUGAGCAAGGAAUUGACUCGACCGAGUUCAGGAACUCGGACACCGAAUUGGACUUCCCAAUCUUCGCGAACAAACUGCCUGCCAAGGUCUUGCCCACCGCAUAUCUGGUCAAGGAGGCCGCCCCGGCUUACAUUGGCCACGCCAGGAGGUUCCGGGAAACCAAGGGCAUUUUCGUAAAUACGUUCGCCGAGCUCGAAGCGCAUGUGUUGGAGUCCUUGGUCGACGACAUGAUCCCACCGGUUUAUCCGGUUGGACCCAUACUGAACCUCACAAGGUCGACCGGCGGCCCAGGACCGUCCAACGGUUUGGAGAUCAUGAAGUGGCUGGACAAUCAGCCGCGUUCGUCCGUGGUGUUCCUGUGCUUUGGAAGUCGGGGAAGCUUCGACGCGGACGCCGUGAGAGAGUUCGCCACCGCACUGGAGCGUUGUGGGCACCGGUUCCUGUGGUCCCUGCGCGAGCCGCCGCCCAAGGGCAAGGUAGGGACGCCACGUGACUAUGCCAAUCUCGAGGAGAUCCUACCCGAAGGGUUCCUCGAUCGGACGGUCAAGAUAGGGAAAGUGAUUGGAUGGGCUCCGCAGGUGGAUAUCUUGGCCCACCCAGCAGUCGGGGGAUUCGUAUCCCACUGCGGUUGGAACUCCACUCUCGAGAGCAUAUGGUUCGAUGUGCCGAUCGCGGGAUUGCCACUAUAUGCAGAGCAACAAUUCAAUGCGUUCGAGAUGGUGGUGGAAUUGGAUCUAGCGGUGGAGAUUAAGAUGGAGUAUAGGAGGGACGUUCGAAUACAGAGCGAGACGAGGGUGACCGCCGAAGAGAUAGAAAGAGGGAUACGGCAGGUGAUGGAGAUAGAUAGCGCGCGGAGGAAGAAGGUAAAGGAGAUGAGUGAGAAGAGCCGGAAGGCCUUGGAUGAGGGCGGUUCGUCGUGCUCGUCCCUCCGCCGUUUGAUCGGCGAUAUCUUCAAUAAUAUGCCCCGAUAAGACAGAAAUUUCACAUUCGAUGGACGCGAUCGCUUGAUGUGUCCAAAGGAUUUCUAUGUAAGUUUGGAUUGUAAUGUAUCUCUAUCAUUAUUUGGAUGCAGUGCAACCAUGGAAUAAAUUCAAAGGCAGCAUUUUAAUGGGUGUUCUAGGUG